AUGCCGCACUAUCUCGUGCGCUUGGCGCAGAUCCACGAGAGCUUUCGCAAGGCGGAGUUGGGUGCGCUGGCGGAGCUGGCUGGGGUGGAGCUGGAGAUUGUCGAGUACGAUGAUGAUUCGCCCUACUGCAUCGUGCGCCUCCCCUCCGACGCAGCCGCGAAACAGGUCGUCUCGCGCGGCAUGCUCAUCCAGGGCGUGUACGAGCUCUGGGGCCAAGGAGCAACCUACGACGCGCUGCACGCCUCGGUGAAAGAAUCGUCCGCGACCAAAUGGCCCAACUACGAAACCUCGACCUUCAGCUUCCGCGUCGAGCGCUACCGCGGCGUCCAGGCCCCGCAGGAACAGGUUCGCGCCAUCAUCGAGUCGUUCCAGUACCUGGGCUUCCGCGGCAAGGUCCAGAUCAAGCACCCGGCGGCCAGCUUCCGCGUCUUCGAGGCGUACGACCUCGACGCCAAGAGCCCCAAGUAUCUGUAUCUGGGGCGCUGGAUCGCGGAUUCCGGGCGCGACGCAAAGAGUACGUAUGACCUGAAGAAACGACACUACAUCAGCACCACGUCCAUGGACGCCGAACUGGCGCUUCUCACGGCUAACAUUGCGUUGGCGGCACCCGGGAAGCUCUUCUACGAUCCAUUCAUGGGCACCGGCGGGUUUCCCCUCGCGUGUGCGCACUACGGCGCCGUGGUGACGGGGAGCGACAUCGAUGGGCGCAGCAUCCGCGGGCUAGGCGGGAGCGCGCGACGCGGACAGACAGGGAAGAAGAACGUCGCGAUGAACUUUGCACACUAUCGACUCAGCGGGGCCUACCUGGGCGGAUUCGUCUCCGACCUCACCAACACGCCGCUGCGUCUCGGCAGCACCACGACGCCCUACCUCGACGGCAUCGUCUGCGACCCGCCGUACGGGAUCCGCGAGGGCCUCAAGGUGCUGGGGUCGCGCGAGACGCUCCUCGAGCACGAGAAACAAAGCCACGCAGACCAGUACAAGAUCGAGGGCUACAUCCCACCGAAGCGACCGUACUCCUUCACCGCGCUGCUCGACGACAUCCUCGCCUUCGCCGCCUGCACCCUGGUCCCCGACGCCCGCCUCUCCCUCUGGAUGCCGACCGCAAACGACGAAGACGUCGAGCUCCUCAUCCCCGCACACCCGUGUCUGGAACUGCACUCCGUCUGCGUGCAGGCCUUCAACAAGUGGAGUCGCCGCCUGCUGACCUACCGCCGGCGCCAGGCGAGCGAGAUUCCCGCGCACGAGCAAGUAGCGGCUGCGCGCGAGUACGAAAAGGGGACGCGCGCGAGCGACUUGAAUGCGUUUCGGAGAAAGUACUUUCAGGGCUUUCGCGAGUUUGAGGAUAUGAAGAAGGAGUUUGUUAGGAUGAAGGCUGGAGGUGGUGGGGGGACGAAGACAGAGGCGAAGACAGAGGUGAAGACAGAGGCGAAGACAGAGGCGAAGACAUCAACAGAAGUGGAGGCCAAAGUAGAGAUAGACGCCGACGUGGAAGUAGAGCCGAAGCCGAAGCCGAAGCCGUGA